AUGGAACAACUCGUAGUCCGGGAUAUACAGGGAACGGAGGACCUCGAGGUGCUCAAGAAGAAGCACAUCGCCCUGAUAGUUAAGGACGGCAUGUCCUCUGCGGCAUUUUACAAGGUCUACAAUAGCAUUUUGUGCCGCUAUCCAGAUGACCACGUCCUGCUCAAUGGGGUGUUUUCCUUGCUGAUGCUCAUCCUGCUCGAUAUAGGUACAGAGCGACCGGAGAUACCACAGGAUGACGCGCUGGUGGACACUGUUCACUCUUAUUACAAGGCACUCCAGGGCACCUUAGAGUACAAGGAGUUUCUGUCGUCUCUGCGCUCCAUGCUCCCGUUCAUCAUGCAGCUAAAUAUUGAUGCUGGUCGAUUGUUUCAGAUUAUUCUUUUUCAAAGGACUCCGGCUGAGCUAAGGUAUGAAACAUUUGCCUCUGCAGAGGAGAUUAGGGCCAUGUGGGAAUCGGAUAUCCUUUGCUUUGAUUGUGGCGUGUACCUUAAGUAUGGGAAGAGCGGUCAUAUAUGUACCCAUGCUCCGCAGCUUUCUGAACGGUUGUCCACAACCCAGAAGAUUCAGAGAAACUGGGGUCCAGUGCGCUUUGAGUGGGUUGCAGAGCGGGUUCACGAGCCAACCAACAUCCCCUUUGUGCGAGUCGUCUGA